CAAAAUUAAGUGCUUUUAACAAAAUAGUUUUUAUUUUAUUUAAUAUAUAUACAAUUUUUGAGUGGAAAUAAUAAAUCUAAUAAAAAGAAUAGUAAAAAAAUGAAUGCUAGAAAUGUACAAAUCCCUCUUCCGGAAACAACAAUGGCUAAUACAAUUGAACUCGAUACUCGAAUUGAUUUUGGACUUUCCAACAUUUUGGUGAUAACAUCUUAUUUGCUUAUUGUUUUGAAAAUUGGACCCAGCUAUAUGAAAUCAAGGCCAGCCUUCCAAUUAAAAAACUUCAUAAUAUGGUACAACAUUUAUCAAAUUAUAGCUUGCAUUUAUCUUUGUACUCGGAUAUAUUUAAUUGAUCUUCCAUCUUUUGACUACGGAGCAUGUGUUGAUGUUGAUGGGUUAGGAAUAAAAGUUGAAAUAGAUUUCGAUCACAUUACAAAUUUUGUUUUUUGGCUUAAAGUAACUGAAUUAACUGAAACUAUAGUUUUUGUUUUGAGGAAAAAACAAAGCCAAGUUACUUUUCUACAUGUUUUCCAUCACUCUUCAAUGGUAUUUAUGUCAUACAGCUUCGGUACAGUUUAUAGAACAAGUUCAGCAAUGUUCCCUCUAUUCAUAAACUGCUGUGUUCAUAUUGUCAUGUACACUUACUAUCUCAUGGCUGCAGUUCUUCCCAGGAACGUUGUUGCCAAAUUAACUCCGUUCAAGAAAGCCAUAACAACAAUGCAAAUGGUCCAGUUUACUAUUGUCCUGCUACAAGUUGUUGUUACCAAGAUGAAUGGUUGCAAAAUUCCUGAACUGCUGUUAGCUGUAUAUAUUACAUCAAUUGCUGUCAUUUUCUAUGGAUUUUAUGAUUUCUACAAGAAAAGUUAUAUAGAAGCUCAAAACAAAAUUAAUAACAAAAAACCAACAUAAAAAUUAGAACAACUUUAACAUUGAACAAAUUUUAAUUUUUAAACUACAAAAAAAAAAUAUCUCAAACUUAUUUAUUAUGAUUAA